AUGCUGACUUAACAUAAACUCCUGUAUCUUUCCUAAAGAUAUAUGACAAAGCAAGAAGCACAAAAGAUUAUGCAAAUCCUUCCAAAGGACAAUGGUCUCAUUAAUGAUGAGUAUUUGAAGAGACAGAAAAAUUCCAAAAACUUUAAGAUGCUUAUUCAAGACUUAAGGCAGACUAGAAAGGCUACAAAUUCAGUGAAGGAGAUUUGA